UGUAGCAUGAAUGGAAUGUAGGAACCUUUCAGUGUCGUCUUGUUUCCGGACGAGUUUAUUUAGCUGGCGCUACAGCUAGCAACCUCAGAAUCCCAGCCCUUGUUUAGCAUAAUUUAUCUUAAAACAUUUUAUACGCAUUCAUCUAAGCUUGGACAUUUUAUUGACAUCGAAUCUUUUGGCCUGCUUCCUUCGCGACUCUCACAAUAUUCUAAGAUGUCCAACCUGACGGGGCAUUAGCUAAAGAACGAGCCAGCAUCACUCAUCACAGCGGUUGGAUCUGCCUCGACGCGCCGUCUUGUCGACAGCCAGCUCCUCGUAUCAUUCUUCCCGGAGAUCAUUAUUCCCCUGUGAGCUCUCUGGGGUGUCGAGAUGGACAAAGAGGAAUCCAGCGUGGAGUCCAAGGAGUGUUGUACUCGCUCUGAGCUGGUGUCUGAGGAUGGGAAGAACCUCAAGUCGGUUCUGUGUCAGCGCUGCGGGUCCAAGGUCCUUUGUCCAGGAAUGGCCGUUUAUUCGGAGAAAGAGCUGUUCCUGCCCCCCAUGAGGAACAAGAAGGCCCUGAGUCUGACGGAGGGCUCCGGGGACAACCUCUCAGCACACUGGCUGGUGGACGACAUGUACACGUUCGAGAACGUGGGCUUCACCAACGACGUCGGACGCAUCAAGUAUCUCAUCUGUGCAGAUUGUGAGAUCGGACCCAUCGGUUGGCAUUGUUUGGAUGACAAAAAGAGUUAUUAUGUUGCAGUGGAAAGGGUUGAUCAUGCCUAGUCUGAUUUGGAGACAGCCUGUACCCCCAACCGCGGUUUGAACAACAGCCCAGUUUCCGUUCACUUCUACCGACAUGCCCUGGUCCAUUACUUUACUGCCCUCUGCUGCGGCCUAUCAAGAGUGAUGUGCUUAACUUCUUAUAAAGUAUUCAAUGCGGCAAGUGGCAACUUGCAUUUGAAAUUGUGGAUGGAUAAUUGGAUGGUUGAAUAUCCACAGCCAAUCAUGUCGUGUUGAACUCCAAACCUCUGAAUAAUCCUCGUUAUGUUUAUAUUAUGUUUUUUAACCUUUCAAAACUAUAAAGUGACACAGAAGAAAAUGUAACACUAUGCUGCAAUUAAAAUUCUAUCAAAAGCCCUGAUUAUUUUGGUUUCCGUAGACCCUGUUUGCAUUGAUAUGUUCACAGUUGAUGUAAGUGGUUAUACUUGCGUUUUCAUAUUUCCGUGUUACGUUAGCUCAUCUUACAACACGCAAUGUCUUCUGAUUGAAUGAAUACAAUCUUAUUCAUUAAAUCAGCACAUCGCCUGUCAGUGUUGAGCCUUGAAUAGGGAUAAUUACUUUCUGGCAACCGAUUACAUCCCCACACACUAGGCUAAAGAGAUGGCUCCUGUUUUAUAUGACUUUUAUUACAUCUUAUUGUACAACAGUAACAGUAAAAUAA